AUGGUGAGCCGCUUGCAGGCGCGCUGCUUUGCUCAUCCGAUUAACUUUCACCUCAUGCGAGACAGCGAAGAGAUGGCUCCUGCGUCCGAGAAGACUUGGUAUAAGAAUGAGUUCCUCCUGAAGACACCGAAAGAUCAUGCAGAGGACAUGGCUAAAGCUGAGAAGCCGCCUGUGGUGCAUGACACUGCCGAUUUGGUCCCUACGUCAGGCGACCCGCACCAGUACUAUGGCAUGGGGAACUACCAGUACAUGCAUUACGACACUGUCCGGGAACCAACUUUCCCUCGAAAGCCAGAUGUUGCCAAGGGCGAGCUCGCAUCCGGCGCCACUGUCACGCGCACCGACGUCUGGCACGACCCGAAGGAGCCUGCCAUCGUCUCUGUCGCCAAGUUUUCGCCUGAGAAUUUCCGACCUGUGGGCUUUGCCGAGAACGCCCCCAUGCCCACCAGCACCGUUCCUGAGGGAGCGUUGGACUUCCGGGCCAACCGCCUUCCGAUUGGCCAUGCCGACCGCCGGCCGUUCAUCUACUUCAUGACGGC